UGACAGCUCAACUGCGUGCUACCGACAAUUCCGGGCCACGACGUCCCGACACCAUAUUCGUACCCAGUGGUGGCUGCAUGCCAUUCGUUGGUGUGUUUAUCUUGGCAGGUGGGUUAAGCUUUGUGCUUAUCAGCAGGAUGAGCUUGACUGGCCUUGGCGAUUGCGUGGCUUAUGUACGGCAUGCGAGUAGUAGGUGAAUCUGCGAGACUGAAAUCUCCGAAGAUUAUUGUGAGGAUUUGAGAGGGGUGAGAUGAUAGGGGCUUGAUUUAACGUGGAGUUACAAAGGUUCAUUCUUUGGCUUCAUAGUAUGUUGUUUUGGAGAUCAGAUAUUCAGGUCGUGAUGAGUUUCCAGAAUCAGCUUACGAAGGCGAAGCCUGAAUAUUACGAUUGUCCCCUUCUACAAUCUCAACUCAUUGGUUUUAGCAAAUUUCCAAGGAAGCUUGAAACCGCCAUGCACUACGACCAUAAAAUCGACAGGUCCUCGGCGCUCGCCGCUAUCAAAAGAGGGGCGGCAACUCCGUGUCAGAACCCCACAAUCUUGACCCCCUUUGACAUCUAGCCAAACUCAAUUCGCCGCUCAAAGACCCUCGACCUGCCAGAUCAAGUCUAGCUGUACAUCCGUUAUCUUUUUUGACGUGGUGGCGGGCCCCUCGUUGUGUGUGUGCGCGUGCGAGAGGGACACAGAACAUCGUUAUCUGGUCGCACGACGACCCGGCUGAUCUUGCUGUGCGAGGAGAUGAUUCGUUCGUGGAAGGGAGUUGGUCCUGUUUCUGGAAGAUGGAAGGGCAUGGGGUGGGCGUGGGAGAGAGUACAUAGGGAGGGGGGCAGCUGUCUCCUACUGCAUUGUUGGAGCGGCUUUUUCAACCCCAUUAAUUUUCAGCUACUGAGAAGUUGACUUCAGCAUGUCUGACUUUGUUCACGGCGAUCAAGCUGACGUGCGGCACACUCGCGAUGUCAAGCAUCUUCAUGGCCAUGACCUGGAGUCCGGAUCAGAUAAGGAGUUCAAAGGCGGGCGAGGUGCUUCUCACGAUGUCGAGACCGAGUCGCAAGAUAUAAUCGUGGCUCGAGAACUUCAACAGAAGAAAGGUUUCCUACGCUCUAUGCGUCGUGGAGAAGAAUGGCUUGACGAGAAAAUGGGUAUUGAGACCCAGGGUAUCGAUCGAAUCCACGAGGAAGACAAGAAGCCGCCGUCAAUACUCAAUGUCUUCCUCCUCUGGUGGUCUAUGACAUGCCAUGUUGGAACUGUUCCUCUGGGCAUGCUUGGUCCAGAAUUCGGGCUAUCUCUGGAUCAAUCCAUUGCCGCUGUGGUUGUUGGAACAGUUCUUGGUGCCCUUUGUACUUCAUUUACUGGAACUCUCGGUCCAAAGCUCGGUCUCCGUCAAAUCGCAGCUUCUCGAUACUCCUUCGGCUUCUACGGUGCCAAACUCUGCUCUGUCCUCAACGUUGUCAUCGGCGGUGGCUUCGCAGUCGUCAAUGUUGUGGUGGUCGGACAAAUCCUCGCCGCAGUCUCCAACUACAACAUGCCGCUCGCCGUAGGCUGUAUAAUAAUCGCCGUUAUCUCCUAUGUGAUCUCGAUCUUCGGAUUUGCGCUCAUCCACACCUUCGAGAAAUACUCCUGGAUCAUGACAUUCAUCCUGCUUAUCAUCCUGAUGGGCGAAGUAGGCGAUAAAGUCGAUCGAAGCCUGCCAUCUGAAGGGACGAGUCUAUCGAUCGCGGGAUCGUUUUUGUCUUUCAUGGCGAUUUGCUUUUCGUCUUCCUCGGGAUGGUGUUCAAUGGCUUCGGAUUAUUACUGUAAUUAUCCCGCUACCACCAAGUCCUGGAAGAUCUUCUUCCUGACUCUUUUCGGGAUUACGAUCCCCACCGUCUUCGCAACUGCAGUUGGAUCCUGUCUAGGCAACGCAGCAAUCACCAACGGGGCUGCGAAUCCCAUUCUGGCGGAAGCAUAUGAAGACCAUGGCUUGGGUGGACUUCUGAGGGAAUCCUACCAUCCAAUGGGAUUCUCGAAAUUCUGCCUUGUUCUCCUGGUUUUCUCUGUCCUGGGGAACAACAUCGCGAUCAAUUAUUCUUCGGGCCUGUCACUCCAACUUCUAGGCCAUUACUUCCACGCCAUCCCUCGCUUCAUCUGGUCCUUCCUCAACGCCCUCGUAAUCGCCGUCCUCGCCAUCGCUGGCCGAGAACACCUCUCCAUAAUCGUCAGUAAUUUCGUCUCGCUUCUCGGAUAUUGGACUAUAUCAUUCACAUUCAUCCUGCUUAUCGAAGACAAAUAUUUCCGGAAGACCGAAGGGUAUGAUCUGAAUGUCUGGGACGUGCCAGAAAAGCUGCCAUGGGGUCUUGCGGCUGUGAUGGCACUGCUGGCGGGGUAUCUGGGAGGUGGUGUGCCCGGGAUGUCGCAGACGUGGUAUGUUGGGCCGGUGGCGCUGAAGUUUGGGACGUAUGGUGGGGAUGUGGGGAUCUAUAUGUCCGGGGCGAUUACGUUGUUGGUUUAUCCGCCGGCGAGGUGGUAUGAGAGGAAGGUUACGCAUCGUUAGGGGUGGGAGAGAGGAUACCGGGUGAUGUUUAGAAUAAAUUGAACAAUAUAGUAACUUAAGUUGGAUGUGGAAUCUUAGUUUGAGAUUGAAAUCAAGAGCUAUUACGUGGCUCUACAACACAAUCACUUUCACUUACCUGUUUUCCACUUCCUGUGUAUCAAGUAGUUUGCCUG